ACUACUAUUUAUUAAAUUAUAUGUUUAUCCUUCUCUUCAACCCUAAACCCUCACAGUCCUGACGGUGCCACACCGCCACUGUCUUUGUUCUUUCUCCGCUUUCACUGAUUAUUCGUCGAAGGUUCCAACCCAAUUUGUUAUCUCUCUGCGAUUUCUAGAAAAAGAUGCCUCUGGGACUCAUCUUAGGAAUAGGAAGGGCAUUUCGAAGGAAGCGGCCAUCUUCACUCGAUAUUCUAUCAUCAAAACGUGCUCCUCGUGGUUAUUAUAAGGGAAAGAAUUGCAAGCCUACUGGUUUCCACACUCGCAAAGGUGGGUAUGUGGUGAUGCAAGAAAAAUUGCCAAAUUAUGUAGUUCCUGAUUUGACUGAUUUCAAGCUCAAACCAUACGUAUCUCAGUGUCCUAUAGAAGCGAAUACCUCUGAAGCUUCCCAAACGGCUAAAUAACCAAAUUGAGUAGUGUAAGAUACUUUCUUUGUAACUACAGAUGUUUUUCCAUGAAGAGGAGUUGGCAUGCCCUUCGUUUUGUUGUUUGUUCUCUCCUUUUGAACUACGCCUUGAGUAAUUAUUGACCGGCACAAAUAUUUGAUAGUUCAAUAGGAUAUUAACCUAUCAAUCAAUAUCAUUAACAUAUGUAGUGCGCUGAAUGAUUUGGACUAUCAAAACUAUCAAUAAUUUUCAUCUGUUGUUCCCCGAUUA